AUGAAGUCUGUGCUGGAUGAUGUGGCAGACACCACCUUCCGGACUAUAACCUCUGGACUGCAGUACCUGGGCUCCAACGAUGCCAGCUAUGAUGACGCCACCAUCAACGCUGACUUCACUAAGGGUGGAUUGUCCGUCCAGAAGCCUCUUUCUGCUUUCCGCAGUAACUCUUUCCCAGACAAGGUGCCUGGAGAUGAAGAACUCAUCCUAAAAGGCAUUCCAUUCUUCCCUACCAAUGCCACAGACCUGUUUGGCAACAGUAGCGGCUUUGGUGAUGAGGGAACCGGGAUCCAGUGUGGGGAGAACUUCAUGGACAUGGAAUGCUUCAUGAUCCUGACCCCUAGCCAGCAGCUGGCUGUGGCGGUGAUGUCACUCACCCUGGGAACCUUCACAGUGCUGGAGAACCUUAUCGUGCUGUGUGUGAUCUUCCAAUCCCGCACCCUGCGCUGCCGCCCCUCCUACCACUUCAUAGGCAGCCUGGCUGUAGCCGACCUGCUUGGCAGCGUAAUCUUCGUCUACAGCUUCCUGGACUUCCAUGUGUUCCACAGAAAGGACAGCCCCAAUGUAUUCCUCUUCAAGUUAGGUGGGGUCAUCGCUUCGUUCACAGCCUCUGUGGGAAGCCUGUUCCUCACUGCUAUAGACCGCUACAUCUCCAUCCACAGGCCCCUGGCUUACAGGCGCAUCGUCACGCGGACCAAGGCUGUCAUCGCCUUCUGUGUGAUGUGGACUAUCUCCAUCGUCUUCGCAGUGCUCCCUCUGCUGGGCUGGAACUGCAAGCAGCUCAACUCGGUCUGCUCAGACCUUUUCCCGCUAAUCGAUGAGAAGUAUCUGAUCUUCUGGAUCGGGGUGACCAGCGUGCUGGUCCUCUUUAUCAUCUACGCUUACAUGUACAUCCUGUGGAAGGCCCACCACCACGCCGUGCGCAUGCUGAGCCGUACCACCCAGAAGAGCCUGGUGGUGUACUCAGCAGACGGAACGAAGGUGCAGACCACGCGCCCUGAGCAGACACGCAUGGAUAUCCGCCUCGCCAAGACCCUGGUCCUCAUCCUGGUGGUGCUGGUCAUCUGCUGGGGCCCUGUGCUGGCCAUCAUGGUCUACGACCUGUUCUGGAAGAUGGAUGAUGAUAUUAAGACAGUGUUCGCCUUCGCCAGCAUGCUCUGUCUGCUCAACUCAACCGUCAAUCCAAUCAUUUACGCCCUGAGGAGCAAGGACCUGCGACAUGCCUUCCUCAGCUCGUGCCAGGCGUGCCGGGGCAGUGCCCAGCAGCUGGACAAUAGCCUGGAGUCUGACUGCCAGAGCAGGCACAUCACUGCCAACAGGGCUGCAGAGAGCUGUGUGAAGACCACUGUGAAAAUAGCCAAAGUGACCAUGUCUGUCUCCACUGAGACAUCUGCAGAAGCUGUUUAGCUGGUCCUCAUCAUGUCACAGCGAUAUUGUGCAACUCAUGUGUUUCAGAGGGAAUUUUCUCAUGAGGUGGUGGACCUUCCACAGGAUGUAAUAAAUUACACAAAUAGCUAAAUGCUUCAACGGUUCAUGACUUCAUUGUUGUAUGUUUAUGAGGUGUGCCAGUGUAGUGUUCCAGUGCCUAAGUGCCAAAUUGAUUUUUAAAGGUGAAAAGAGAGUGGAUGGACUCAAAAUGUGUUUGACCUAUCCAAGACUGUCGUAAGUCUACUGUUGACCAUAGACUUCAUGAUGAUCAAACUAGAUAGUACUGAUGAUGAAUUCAUGAAGGCUUAGUAUAUUUUUGUACUGUGAAUUCAGGUUCUGAAACAAUGAUAUCUUAAUUCAUGGGAUAAGGGGCUACUGAAGUUUUUGAUUAGAAGUAUGUGUUAUCAAGAUGUCAAUAUGUGUACCAUAAAGAAGACAAAUCUUUGAGGCUUUGAGCAGCCAGAAGAGGCAUUGACUUUGUCCAGGUGUCAUGUACAAAUAUACAGUAUGUUUUGUGAAGAGUUUACAUUUAUUUACAUAAGGGUAUAACUUUAAUAUGUGUUUAUUUAAGAAGUAUUAUUCAUAAAGCAACAGAGGAACGGUUACUCAUGUAUUUUCUUUUUAUACCUGUCUGAGUUUGUUUAUUAUUUAAUACAGAAAUAACCAACGAGUCUUAGGAGAAAUAAAGCCUGACCUGACUUUGUGUAGACAGCUCCAUUGACUGUUGGAGUCAUCUUUCAUAUAAAAGCUGGAUGAAUCUGAAAACCACAGUGUUCAAUUUAAUGACAUCAAUUUGUCAUAAUAAGCUAAUCUGCAAGAUGUGUUCACCAAGCCAAAAAUCUACAAUGGAAUUCUCUGUAAUGUAGGUACUGGCACUGACAGACUGAUACAUAACUCCUCCCAACAAAAAUCAUAUUUAUUCUGCCUUUCACUUCUUUCUCUCUACUUUUGCAGUGCGUUGGCUAUAGUGGUAUGUUUUCAAUAAAAAUGAAUGUAUACCAAACAAUUGUACAGUGUUACAUACAAUGCAGUUCCCGAAAAGUGGUGGCCACACUACCAUAAUAAUCAGAACUGCAUGCCAUAGAUUACAUUCAGAUGACUUUUAAGUGGAUUUCAUUCAAUUCAGUACAUUUGUGAAUAACCUUACAACUUGAUAAAAAAAUAUGUCAACCUGUAAACAUGUUAUCAAAUUGUUUCAGUGUUACCGUCAAUACAUAUAAUUUAGCACUGUUGAUGCGGAUUCUUUUGAUAUGUGAGGAGAGAAAAGCUACCCUAGAGCAGGCCUAUAGCUCAGCUUUUGGAUUAAUCUUAAAAAAUAAGAUAGCCUGUUAGUUUUUUGGUUUUCUGAGUACAUUUUUAUCAAAAGCAAGCCUUUCAUUAUAACUGACAACAUGUUAGAAUGGAAGUUAUACUGUGUAUGCAUUGUAUGGAAAUGAGCCUUUUACAAGUGUUGAUGAAAAUGUCAUUUUCAAUUAGAUUAUAUAGGACUUUUAAUCUAGAACUAUCACUCAGUUAGCACAAUUGUUCUAUAGACAUUUAUCUUCGUGUUAAACUACUACUGACAGCUGUUUACCAGUAUGCUUUGCUGCCUCUUGUAUUGUUGAGUGUUGGAGAUCAAAUGUCAACUGUCAAGUGGCUUCAAUUGUGGUGGUGGCAUCUGAGGAUUGUCUGUGGAAAAAAAUAAUCUGCAGGAUUCAACUGUUCCUUUUUCUUCCGUGUUGCAAUGUAAUGUUUCCAAGCUUUUGAAUAAAGUCACAGCUGGUUAUGAUGUCUGCUGGUCGUGUUCAUGAUUAUUUGAUGAAUAGUUGUAGGUAUGUUGUGCUCAGCCUACAAAAGGCAAGAAAAUCACAAUAGAACAAAUUUGAUAAACUCAUGAACUGUAAUAGGUGACCCAUAGGUCCUGUUUGAAUAGCAUCCUUCCUUCCUCCCUUCUUUGAAGUAAUCUUUGAUAACACAGUGUUAGAUCUAACACAAAUAAGUGUAAGCCAUACACACAUAUAGCUUCUACACCUACACCAAUCAAGUCAGAUAUGUUAUUACUCCAUCUCAAGAAGGUUGGAAGGAAAGACACAAAAUAUUUUUUUUUCCAGGAUUGGAAGGGAAGCAGUGAUUCCUAAAGCUUUCUCGCCCUCUUCUGGAUGAUAUACAACACUGCCCUCACUGUCUCACAUUCACACAGGAUGGGAAUUUCCCAAUAACUCUGCAUUGUCCACAUUAUAGGCCUUUUUGGAAGAUGGUUUAUCAGAACAGGCCUGCUGUGAUUACAAUCCUGCAGGAUGAAUGAAUAAUGAUACUACGGCCAAAUACAGUUGUUAUAAACUGAGGGGCCUGUGGUUGUAUGUAUAAAGCAUCUCAGAUUAAAAGUGCUGAUCUAUGAUCAGGUCACACUGUCCAUGUAAUCUCAUUAAUUGUGAUCUAAAAAGGCAAAACUGAUCCUUAAACAGCACUCCUACUCUGAGAGGUUUGAUACAUAUAGGGCCCUACAUGGGACUUUGAACCAGUGGUAAUAGCACUGCUUAUACCUACUAUAAUCAGACAAGCCUUUUUUGAACAGUUAAGAUUUACAGCUGAACAGAGGCACAUGACAGAAGCAAUGCUAUGAAUAUGAUUUAAUAGGAUGUCAGUUCAGUUAUAUCUGAACAUGGACACAUGGACAAGCAAACAACAUCUAAGUAGAGAAGGAAGUGCACCUCAAACACAAUGGAGCCAGUCCUAAACUAACCAGAAAGUAUGUAGCCUACUACUGACAUACAUGGGGAAGUCCUACAUAAGAGAGAAACAUUGAAGGAAUAUUUAACUAUUGUCCAAUCAAUUGACAAGGCUGUGGGAUGAGCUGUUGAAUGAGCUGUAAUAGCCUAAUAUAUCUCCUGGAAACUUCAUGUUGCUUUUUCCUGCUGGUAAAUGAGUCACAUUGCAGGACAGGGCCAGGUUUCCCCAAAAGCAUCUUAAAGCUUAGUUCAUCGUUAGAACCUUCGUAGCAGCAUGGUUAAAUAUCUGAGCGGUUUCCCAAAACCAUCGUUAUUAACGUUGCACUUGAAAACGCUCGUAAUCUAACGCCUACCUCAGACCACUCGUAGAACAGCUAAGUGCGUCGUUAGAUGCUUUUUUGCCCUCCCGCAUCACUUAAUACACAGAAGAUCAUGUAGGCUACUAUCUGUGAUUUGUCUCAAUAUAUUUCAUGAUGUGUAGCCUAACGUGCGCAAUACUGUGCCAAAUCGGUGAUUUUUGUUGCAUUUUUAUUGUGCAAGCAUUAAAAUAAGCCACCUCAAUAUCUGCAGCCAUAAGUGGUAAUAUCUCUCUAUAUGAGCUGACCCAUCCUCAGUAUCGUGAAAUAAUUAUAUGAAUUGAAUGGAGAAAGCUGAUCUGAGAGCAGCGCUGCCGUAAAAAAAAUUCGUAUCAGUAUCUACGCGUGCUCCAACGACGCACUUAAGAGUCGUCCGCAUGCUUCCCAUUCCGAACAGUUCCUGCAUAUAUUAUGACGAAAUUUGGUGACGUUUUCGUUCGUUUUGGUCUUCGGCAAGGUUUUUUUUGGGAUGUUUGUGCACACACAUUUUUUUCUUGAGGGAAGCGGAAGUCUAGUCCCCUUCCUCCGUCAUUGGUCAACAGUAGGGAUUCUUCAAUUAAGUGUUUGUUGUCAUUCAAAGAUAGAUGCAGGAAAUAGGUCAAUCGAACCUCUAUGCCCCUCAAACUCAACUCUGGACCUCAAAGACAGUUCCACUGCAUUUUUUCAUUGUUCCCCUCUAAUACGGACCAAUUUAGACCUGUGACACAAGGUGCAUGCAAUUCAUUAUCAAGUAGAACAGAAAACCAGCAGGCUCCGGACCUCGUAGAGUGAAGAGUUUAAUACCUCUGCUUUAUGCUAUGCUAACCAGAUUAUACGAACGGGAGUUAGAAUUUAGUAGUCACUUCUUCUAAACCUGAAAAGGGACAACUUUUAAUGUUAUGCAGCGAAAAAAGCCAAAUAUAUCCAAAUCAGUGGAGGCUGCUGAGGGGAGGACGGCUCAUAAUAAUGGCUGGAAUGGAGUGUAUGGAAUGGUAUCAAACAAGUGAAAACCAUGUUUGAUACCACUCCAUUCACUCCAUUAUUAUGAGCCGUCCUCCCCUCAGCAACCUCCACUGAUCCAAAUAGGACUUAACCACAUAGUGGGCCUGUUACAAUAGAUAAAUCAUUUGACGAAUAUCCACUUUGUUAGAUCAGAUUUUCAGACCAACAGGCUCCGAGACAGCUUCUACCCCCAAGCCAUAUGACUUCUAAUUAGCCAGACUGCUAAAUAGUCCAUUAAUGGUACCUGAACUAUCUGCACUGACUAUCUUGAACUGACCCUACACACACUCACUAGACUAUACAUACAAACCAUACACACUCACUCACACACACUACAUUGACACUCGCACACACAAAACACACACAUACACACUUUGACACUCAUCAUUUGCUGCUGCUGCUCUGUUCUUUAUUUUAAACAUGUAUCCUGAUGCCUAGUCACUUUACCCUGCCUUCAUGUACAUACACAAUAUAAUAAUAAUAUACAAAUGUAUGUGCACACCCCAUCAAAUUAGUGGAUUCGGCUAUUUCAGCCACAUCCGUUGCUGACAGGUGUAUAAAAUCGAGCACACAGCCAUGCAAUCUCCAUAGACAAACAUCGACAGUAGAAUGGCCCGUACUGAAGAGCUCAGUGACUUUCAACGUCGCACCGUCAUAGGAUGCCACCUUUCCAACAAAUCAGUUUGUCAAAUUUCUGCCCUGCUAGAGCUGCCCCGGUCAACUGUAAGUGCUGCUACCACUUCGCGGUAGGCCACACAAGCUCACAGAACGGGACCACCGAAUGCUGAAGCACGUAGCGCGUAAAAAUCGUCUGCCCUCGGUUGCAACACUCACUACCGAGUUCCAAACUGCCUCUGGAAGCAACAUCAGCACAAUAACUGUUCGUUGGGAGCUUCAUGAAAUAGGUUUCCAUGGCCGAACAGCCUCACACAAGCCUAAGAUCACCAUGCGCAAUGCCAAGCGUCGGCUGGAGUGGUGCAAAGCUCGCCGACAUUGGACUCUGGAGCAGUGGAAACGAGUUCUCUGGAGUGAUGAAUCACGCUUCACCAUCUGGCAGUCCGACGGACAAAUCUGGGUUUGAUGGAUGCCAGGAGAACAAUGCAUAGUGCCAACUGUACGGUUUGGUGGAGGAGGAGGAAUAAUGGUCUGGGUCUGUUUUCCAUGGUUUGGGAUAGGCCCCUUAGUUCCAGUGAAGGGAAAUCUUAACGCUACAGCAUACAAUGACAUUCUAGACGGUUCUGUGCUUCCAACUUUGUGGCAAGACUUUGGGGAAGGCCCUUUCCUGUUUCAGCAUGACAAUGCCCCUGUGCACAAAGCAAGGUCCAUCCAGAAAUGGUUUGUCGAGAUCAGUGUGGAAGAACUUGACUGCACAGAACCCUGACCUCAACCCCAUUGAACACCUUUGGGAUGAAUUGGAACGGCAACUGCGAGCCAGGCCUAAUUGCCCAACAUCAGUGCCCGACCUCACUAAUGCUCUUGUGGCUGAAUGGAAGCAAGUCCCCGCAGCAAUGUUCCAACGUCUAGUGGAAAGCCUUCCCAGAAGAGUGGAGGCUGUUAUAGCUGUUUCGCUCACUCAGAUGUGUUCUCAGUAGUUUCAGUGACAUACAGUAGUUUCAGAAGAGAGGAAGAAGCCAAGAAAGAGGGCUCACUCUCGCCAAACUCUGUCUGGAAUAAUCCCAAAAUACGUUUCUAUGGGAAUAAUAUGCAGACCUAAAAUUGUCACCUGCCUGCUUUUGUUUGGAGUGCUCCAUGUGAGCAAUGAGCACGUGUCUGGUUUCUUUUUCCUGAUGACUUUGAGGGAGCGCGCGUGCCUGACACACACAAGUAGGCCUACCUGGACUGCUGUGUGCAAAAGUAGGAGAGUGCCCAUUUGGCGAUGUCUGAUUGUCAUAACUCACCACGUCCACCACUAAUAAGCUGAGCUUCUCAUUCAUUUUUUCUUCACCUCACACAGUGAGUCAACGAAGUCUGAAUGAUAUUUCCUCAGUAUUUGAAAAAUAUUUCCAACACUCCCGGCCUCGAUAAUCACCAAGCCUUGGUGUGAAAGAGCGAAAUAUCAUGAUCUGAUGAUUCCAUAUAUCCAGUGGAAACUUAAUAAAAAAUAGCUGUGUGUCGCGAGCUCACUUGUGCUGGAAACUGAGCGCCCAGAAUAGGCUAGUUGAUACAAUGUUGCAAGUUCGCUAAUGAAAGCUCAAGUCAAGACAGAUAGAAAGCAUGGCAGACAGGUGGAGUAGAGAGAUGAAUGUGAUUGAAAGAACCAUAAUUUACCAGGAUAUGUUCUACUGUUUUUAUUUGUCGGCUAUAUGCCUAUGUGUUUUACUUAGUUGAUUAUGAAGUUAUAGGCUUACUGCUGCAUUGGCCUAGGCUAUCUCUGUUCUAUUCGCUCAUUUCUUUAGCCGCCAAUGGAUCACAGUGUAUCAAUGUGUUCAUAUGGCAGAGGCUGGUGCUGUUGCCUUAGUUGAAUUUUAACUUUUAGAUUUUUAUCGUUUUACAAUUACAUAGAUUUUUAUGUUUCACCGUGACAAGGAUUUUGAGAAACAAAAACGUUAUGAUUGAAAUGAAACUGUUCCAAGAAAAUGCGCAUAUAACAACAAUCAUAACUGGCACGCAGAUUGGUAGAAAUGGUAGGAUAAAGUGUAAGCUUCCCCAAACUUGAAACUCACGAGCUGCCUAUGGUCUUUACUAUAACCCAUAAAAAUAAAAAUAAACAUAGGCUGUCUCGUGAAAAAAAGUGCCCACCUAUGGAAAUCAAAGGCCCAUCCAACUGAUUCAUUCUGGCGCGGGCGCUGCUUGAUUGUAGUCUAAUUGGGUGGGCCAGUCUAACCAAAGCAUGCAGACGCCUUUAGUGACCGUUCUCUCAUGGUAUUUUGGGAUCUUCGGCAGAUGUAGGAAAGAUGCAUCUUUAAAACACUUGUAAACCUAAAUUACAUCACUAUCGGGAAAUUGGGCCCUGAACAAUCGAGAAUAGGUCUACCACAUAACUGUUAUUUACAAGAACAAUAAAAAAUAAGUUGAAUCAGAUAUGCCCAUUCAGAAAUGAGACCAUCAUAUGAAAUGACCGGGGGCCACCUUUUCAAACGUUCUUGGUUAGUAAUUAACUAAUAGCUUUAUUCAAAUUCUUCAAAUCAUUUGAACGUACUGGAGCGUUUAAAUUUGGUUGGUGCUUUUGGCAUUCAUGGUUUGUGGGGAAUGUAGUGCAAAAGCCCCAACUAUUGGAUAUGAACGAAUGAAAACUGUGUGGCAAAUACACUACAUAUACCAGCACAACAAUCAUUAAUUGCGCAUGUCCAUUAGCUCACAAUUUGAAAUGUACGUUGUUUUGACGCCAUGUUGGUUGUCACCAAGGAAAGAAUUUGUCAACGACGCUGGGAGAAGGAAGUACUUGUCCGAAAUCUACUAUCAUCUGGUUGUAUAUAAUAAUUCACCUAAAAGGAUUGAUUGAAUGAAUUUCAGCUAACACUCGGCCAUUACAGGGUCUGAGAUUUGGAAGCUAUUAAGACUCACAGAGGCGAAAAAACUACGCCAUUUGUUCCUAACCUGAAUUUUCCCUUGAGGGUAGUCGGAGAAGAAAGCCAGUGCCCAGUCACAGGAACUCUGGUUGUUGUGCCCUCUGAUAGUGAAAACAACAGCUUUCUCGUUUUUAUAGCGAGAAGAUAUUGUAAACGGAAUGGCUUGUGGGGCUACUUUGAAAAGGACUAUGGAUUUCGAUCCAUUGAUUAAUCAGGCGUCCCCCAAAAGGAGAAGAUGCGCCCCAAUGUCUCCAGCCGCAUACACCUCAUCACCUCAGAAAUAUCUGCGUAUGGAGCCCUCGCCAUUUGGAGAAGUGUCGUCCAGAUUCACAACCGGUUAGCAACAUUUCAUAGCUGCUAGAUUUUAGGCAUGCGUGGGAAUUAAUGAAAUGUGUUGUUAGGUCACCUUCGUGUGAGGUUAACUGGCAAAUGGUUAGCGGCUAACUGGCUAGGCAAGCUCAACUGGCUUACAACUAGUACCUAAUGAUAAGCAUGUAAACACUUAUUGUAUGUGUUGUUGGCUAGCUUGUGGUAGCGACAGUGACUUAGCUAACAAACUAACUUUAGUUAACCAGAAAUGUUUUUUGCUUAACUAACGUUAGCUAGUUUGCUAGCUACUUAGCAUGAAAGCUAGGAGGUCUGUUUUAAACCUUCAACCAACAAACUAGUUAGAUCUUAUAAAUGAGCAUAAUUUUACAUUUAGCCAGACAUUUAGCUGAUAAACACUACCAGCAACAGCAUUAUGGCAUGUCACCAUAUAUUGGCAGUAUAUUACUCUAACAUGGCUAGGAUUGGCACACCCCUAGUUGUUUCAAAUGGCUGUGCAGAGGAACUGCCUCGGGAUGGCUUGGAAUGGGGUUCUCAUUUGCUAGGGAAGUGGUUAACUAGAGUUUUACUGCUUAUCUUCUCGAAUUAAGGUCAUAUAUUGUGGUUAGUUACUUGGUGAAGUAUAACUACACUAACAGUAUAUUCCUAGAGUGUGUUGUGCAAAUGAUAUUUGGAAUGAUUAACUUGCCCUAACCAAGUCUUUCCCUUGUUCUUCAUUCCAGAGCAAAUCCUGCACAAUAUCAAACAAGAGUACAAGCGGAUGCAGAAGCGAAGGCACCUGGAGAACAGCAUUCAGCAGACAGAGGUCUGUUGUCCCCUGGAGUCACAACCGCAUAGCUCCAUCCUUAGUGGAUCCAGUCUGCCAGGUAUGUCCAGUCUGCUUUUACUCAGGAAGGACAUCAGUAAGAAUAAAGACAUGUCUUAGGGUCUUCAUCAACUGGAUACCGUUGGUUGUCUCACAACAAUUUCUAUCAAUUUUGUUAGCUUGCAGUUGUAUGCCUCUUGGCUUCAUUUAAUGUCAGAAUUUUUUAGGGCAAGUGGUUUUGAGAAUGUUCUCCCUGAUAAUGGACUCUCAUUCUCCACAGGUACUUCCUCUGGUGCUGUCUCCCCAUCUAGAAAAGAGCAGCCUCUGUUUACCUUUAGACAGGUUGGGAUGAUCUGUGAACGACUACUUAAAGAACGAGAGGAGAAGAUAAGGGAAGAAUAUGAUGAAAUAUUGACAACAAAACUAGCAGGUAUGUCAGAGAAACUGUUUCUGUGACUUCUGUGUUUUUCUGCAGAAUAAUUUAUUGCACAAUCCAUUUAUUGUCUGACCUUUUUGUCUUUUUGCAGAGCAAUAUGAUGCUUUCGUUAAGUUCACUCAUGAUCAGCUAAUGCGGCGAUUUGGAGAGCAACCUGCUAGCUGUGAGUAACAAACUUACUUUAUCAGUGACAUGCCUCCCCCCUUUAUAAACACCCCUGUCAAUUCUGUACCAUGCUGAAUGUUGACCUUUGUUUCCAUGAAUCUGUAUUUAUAGCUGCUCUCUCUCCCUCUCCAGAUGUUUCUUGAGUGAAACCCCAUGUUUGAUGGAAUACCAGUUUCCCCAUUUUAUUAUUGCUGAAAGCUCCCCAGCUGAUUCUCUGCCAACUGUAUUCUCCAGAGACUCAGUGGGUCUAGUUGAACUUGUAGCAGUGCCAUAUCUCCCCUGUGGGCACAGGCUGCCUCAAACUUCUGUCAGUGGCAACUACGUUCUCUUCGUCUGGUAUUUGGGUGGUGUCCCAAAUGGCACCCUAUUUC